AUGGGCUUCUUUUCACGACGAACCAACAAUCCAGCUUCAAAUGGCCAUACCAAGAAUGAUCAUGCUCUUCGUCAUGAAAAACGAAAUCACCGGCCCGUCUUUGACAUUGACUCUGGCGACUUCAACCGCAGACCAAGCUUCGGGCAAUGGCUGAAAUUCACAUGGGUGGAUAUCUUGACCAUGGCUGCCAUGGGUGCCGUUGGCCUCGGAGUCUACGAAGCCAAACCUGCUCCUAGCCGCUCAUUCCCAGUGACCUUUGCCGAUGGAGAAAUUGUCUAUCCCGAGUUCGCCUAUCCUCUACGUCAUGAAAUCGUCCCAAUCUGGCUCGCGGCCCUUCUUGCCUCCUUGAUUCCAAUCUUCAUCAUCCUGUGCAUGCAGAUUCGCAUUCGCUCUUUCUGGGAUGUUAACAAUGCCGUUAUUGGUCUCUUGUACUCCCUGAUCGGAGCGGCGGUAUUUCAAGUGUUUAUCAAAUGGCUGAUUGGCGGAUUGCGACCUCAUUUCUUGGCCGUUUGUGACCCAGACCCGGCGCUGAUGGCGGCGCACCCUGGCCGAGGUUUCGAGAAUAUCAUGUUCCAGAGAAACAUCUGCAGGGGAGAUGUUGACCAGAUUGACGACUCACUCGAGUCCAUGCCAUCUGGCCACACUACCGCCGCGUUUGGCGGCUUCGUCUAUCUCUACUUUUACCUCAACGCCAAACUCAAGGUCUUCAGCAACCACCACCCUGCAUUCUGGAAACUCAUUGUAACUUAUGCACCCCUGCUCGGAGCCUGCCUGAUUGGUGGUGCACUGACUAUUGACGAAUUUCACAACUGGUAUGAUGUCUUGGCCGGCGCGGUCAUUGGCUCCAUCUUUGCCAUCUCGAGCUAUCGCAUGGUCUAUGCCUCGGUCUGGGACUUCCGAUUCAACCACAUCCCCUUGACUCGUCAUACACCCUUUUCCUACGGUGCAGGUGCUGCUGGUGCAGGAGGAUUUGAAACUGCAGUCUUCACUAGACAAGCUGGAUGGGGAUACGGAGAGCAUUAUGGAGGUGCACCCUUUGAUGCUGCCCAUGGCCUCAGGGGACAGGCGGCAGGGUUUGAUACGAGUGCAGUGCAGCAGGAUCGAUAUCUUCACAAGAAUGACAGAGAUGUGGAGCGUGAUGCUGGGCUCUAUCCCACAAAUGGAACCACGAACGGCUACGGCACUGGCGCUUCAUCUGUGAGGGACCCUCCGCCGGCAGUGACCCAUGGCACGCACCACAGUGGCCGGACGAGCUUGGAUCGCAGACCUGUGCCUACUUCAGCAUGA